UUUGACCUCUAGGGUUUAUGGGUAUUAUGACUCAUACUGUGGUACUCUAUUGAGUGUUAACAUAGCAAUUAAUGGUUUUGUCCUUCAUAUACAGUAUAUUGAUACAUACUGUACCAUAGAUCUGGCAGACGACUGCAAUGAAUUUUGUCUGGAACGCGACCAUAGAUUAUUUAUAGCAUGCGUCAUUAGAUGAGCACGGGGAAAAAGAAGCAACAACAGUGUUUCGCACUCAUACAUAUUUCUCAGCACAUCAAGGUUGUUUAUAUUGUUGUCUGUUUUCACAGUGUAUACUGGUUUGGGAUUUAAAACAUGUACCUUUGAAGUUACAUGUAGCCAUUGUUAGUUUGUAUUAGCAACGUGGAAGAAAAGAUAUUCGUAGCUUCAAAACGUGAGGCCUGCUAGCUACUGUUUGCUUGUUGCAACAAGAACACGUUUCAAGAAACCCUCACGAGUUGGUCUUGUUUGAGCAGAAACGUUUUCAACAAAUUUCAGUGCUCAAUCAUCAUGGCUGAUGACUUUGACAUAGAAGCAAUGCUUGAGGCUCCAUAUCGAAAGACUUGCCUAACGAUAUCUCACCUCUACUUCCAUGAAUUCCAGUGUGAUCUGUCAAAAAAUGAAGGAUGAGAUCAAGCACAGUAGUCCAAAUGGACACAAGGAACGCAGCAAGAAGAAAAAAAAGAGCAGGAGCCGAAGCAGGGACAGGAAGAGAAGCAAAAGCCGGGAUCGCAAGAAGAGCCAUGACCACAAGCGGAGCCGCAGCCACGAGCGAAAGCGGAGCCGCAGCAGGGAGAGGCGCCGGAGCCGCUCUCGGAGCAGAGAGCGCAGCGGCCGCUACAGGGACCACAAGACCACCUUCUCUGGGCUGAAAUUUAACGGUGGUUCCAGAGGGAAGAUUGGUCCCCCGCCUGUCAUCAAGCUAAGCCGAAGACGUUCCAGAAGCCAAAGCCCUUUCAAGAAAGAGAAGAGUCCUUUGAGGCAAGUGUUCCUUGGGGAGAUGACGCAAAAGAGUUCUAUCAGGCAGCCAAUAGACAACCUGACUCCAGAGGAAAGGGACGCUCGCACAGUGUUCUGCAUGCAGCUGGCAGCUAGAAUCCGACCACGAGACCUGGAGGAGUUCUUCUCUGCAGUGGGAAAGGUGAGAGAUGUGCGCAUGAUCUCUGACAGAAAUUCGAGGAGGUCGAAGGGGAUUGCUUACAUCGAGUUUGUGGAGGCCAACUCGGUGCCUCUGGCUAUAGGAUUGUCUGGCCAGCGACUUCUGGGGGUGCCAAUAAUUGUUCAGGCCUCACAGGUAAUGGCUGAGAAAAACAGGGCUGCUGCCAUGGCCAACAACCUGCAGAAGGGCAACGCUGGCCCGAUGAGACUCUACGUCGGAUCCUUACACUUUAACAUCACAGAGGAGAUGCUACGAGGAAUAUUUGAGCCUUUUGGAAAGAUUGAGAGUAUUCAGCUCAUGAUGGAUAGUGAGACGGGGAGAUCCAAAGGAUAUGGCUUCAUCACUUUCUCAGACACAGAGUGUGCCAAGAAGGCUUUGGAUCAGUUGAACGGCUUUGAGCUGGCUGGCCGGCCAAUGAAGGUGGGCAAUGUGACUGAGCGCACAGACGCCUCCACCGCCAGCUCCUUCCUGGACAGCGACGAGCUGGAGAGGACAGGCAUCGACCUGGGCACCACUGGGCGCCUGCAGCUCAUGGCCAGACUGGCUGAAGGCACGGGACUGCAGAUUCCCCCAGCAGCACAGCAAGCCCUGCAGAUGAGUGGGGCCAUUGCUAUUGGUGCCAUGGCCGCUGUAUCAGCUGCCAUGAAUCCUGCUAUGAACAUGAAUAUGAACAUGAAUACAGCGAUGAAACUACCCUCACAGCCACUUGCUACACACUGUUUCCAGCUGUCUAACAUGUUCAACCCUCAGUCUGAAGAUAACCCAGGCUGGGAUGUUGACAUUCAGCAUGAUGUCAUUGAGGAAUGCAACAAACAUGGAGGAGUUGUGCACAUAUACCUUGACAAGAAUUCCACUGAAGGCAACGUGUAUGUGAAAUGUCCAUCCCUUCCUGCUGCCAUGGCUGCAGUAAACGCAUUACAUGGUCGAUAUUUUGCAGGUAAAAUGAUCACAGCGGCAUACGUCCCUCUCCCAACAUAUCACAAACUUUUCCCUGACUCUGUGAAGGCUAUCCAGCUCCUGAUCCCUCCUGCUCUCCGAUGAUCUCCCACAGCAAGACACGAAAAACCCAGAUUGGUGGGACACUGUAUAAUAGAUUUCUUUUCCCCCUUCAAUUUUCUCUCUUUAAAAGUUAGACUUUUUACAGUCUGUGGUUGUUUUUUCAUUCCUGCAAGUUAUGGCAGUAUGUCUUUCUUUUAUGUUAGUAGAUGAAGUAAAAUCAUUUUUUCCCCCCGCAACAUGUUUUGUUGGCUUUCCAUACGUUGGCUUUCCAUACGCAAAAAUAAUCAAAGCUUUACUUGCAUAGUCACAUCCAAACAUGUGUUGGGCAUUGAGGGUGGAGUUUCAGCCAGUCUAAUAAAGGGAUUGUAGUCCCAGAAGAGUUUUAUUGGUUGAGCUGGACAAUUUACCAUUUUAUAUUUUGUAAAGCUUAUUCUUGUUCAUACAUUCUUGUGCUUGAAAGCUUUGACGGGCAUGUUUUCCCUGAUGAAGUAUACAACUUACAGUUGAAAUCGGGAGUUUACAUACACUUAGGUUGGAGUCAUUAAAACUCGUUUUUCAACCACUCCACAAAUUUCUUGUUAACAAAAAAAAAUGAUAGACCUUCACAAGUCUGGUUUAUCUUUGGGAGCAAUUUCCAACAAAAUAGAUGGAAUCAUGAGGGAGGAAAAUUGCGGAUAUAUUGAAGCAACAUCUCAAGACAUCCGUCAGGAAGUUAAAGCUUGGUCGGAAAUGGGUCUUCCAAAUGGACAUUGACCCCCAAGCAUACUUCCAAAGUUGUGGCAAAAUGGCUUAAGGUCAACAAUGUAUUGGAGUGGUCAUCACAAAGCCCUGAACUCCAUCCUAUAGAAAAUUUGUGGGCAGAACUGAAAAAGCGUGUGUGAGUAAGGAGGACUGCAAACCUGACUCAGUUACACCAUUUCUGUCGGGAGUAAUGGGCCAAAAUUCACCCAACUUAUUGUGGGAAGCUUGUGGAAGCCUACCUGAAACAUUUGAUCCAAGUUAAACAAUUUAAAGGCAAUGCUACCAAAUACUAAUUGAGUGUAUAUAAACUUCUAACCCACUGGGAAUGUGAUGAAAGAAAUAAAGCUGAAAUAAAUCAUUCUCUACUAUUAUUCUGACAUUUGUGGUGAUCCUAACUGACCUAAGACGGGGACUUUUUACGAGGAUUAAAUGUCAGGAAUUGUAUAAACUGAGUUUAAAUGUAUUUGGCCAAGGUGUAUGUAAACUUCCAACUUCAACUGUAGAUACCCAGACAUAAGAAAAGAGGAUAAUGAAUCUUUUUGGAGAGCAAAAAUAAAAUUCAAACAUUGCAGUUUCGUUUAUACAUCAGAAUAUUAUUCAAUGUUUUAAGCUCCAUGAGCUCUGGAAACGUAAUGACUGAUUUCAUUUGUGGUCGUUUAGAGACUAUUUGGUUUUUCAGUAUGUUUUCUAAUCAAGAUUAGAUUUUAUUAAAAUGUAUUUUAGUUACACUCAA